CUCUCCCUUCUUGGAGCGCCCUGUUUCAUUUCUACCAAAAAUUCGCAGCAAAUCGUCUGAAAAUCUGUAUUUUUGUGCUAUAAUCUCUCUUCAAUUCUCGGAGUUCAGUUUCAUUUUGAUAUUGUUUAGAGAUUUUUCUUGUUUUUGAUUUCGUGUUCUGAAGAAUAUGAAUCUCCUCCUUCGCAUUCGCAUUCAGUUCUUGAGGAAUUCCAUUAACCAGCUCUGUAACUCGAUUCCAUCGAAUCCACAUUUCGUUUGUCUCAGAAGAUUUUCAUUUCAUUCAUGGUUGUUGAAUACUGAUCAUGGUAACUUCAGCCAUAUUUUCCGUCUAUCUCAAAUCCAAAACUAUCCAGCUCCCGUCCUCUCUUUUACGAAAUUUUGUUUGAAUUUCUACUCUAAUAGAGCACCUUCAAGAUCCUUUAGGAGGAGAGCGAGUAAGAGAUUGAAAUCCAGAAUCAAACCUAAGCUGAACGAGGCUCAAUUUCAGCACGCAAUUUCUCAAAUCCCUCCAAGGUUUAACUCCGAAGAACUCUAUAAUGUCAUUUCUGUUCAGGGAGAUCCUUUGGUGUGCUUUGAACUGUUCAAUUGGGCCUCCCAGCAGUCUCGUUUCAGACAUGAUGUUUCCACUUAUGAGAUUACAAUUAAGAAGCUGGGUGAGGCGAAAAUGUACGAAGAAAUGGAUAAUGUUGUGAACCAGGUGCUUGCUGUUCCUUCUAUUGGUUCUGAGACUCUUUACAAUACUAUGAUAUAUUUUUUUACUGAGGCAAGGAAGUUGACUAGAGCUAUCAAUAUAUUCAAGCAUAUGCAGAACAACAAAAACGUGAACUGUAGGCCUUCAAUUAGAACCUAUAAUCUGCUUUUUACUGCAUUCUUGAGUCGGGGUCGUAAUGCUUAUAUAAAUCUCAUGUAUAUGGAGACUAUUAGAUGCCUCUUCAGACAGAUGGUGAAUGAUGGCAUUGAACCUGACAUAUUUACUUUAAAUUGUAUGAUAAAGGGGUAUGUGCUAUCCCUUCAUGUCAAUGAUGCUCUCAGGAUCUUCCACCAAAUGGGUGUUGUUUAUAGUAGCCUCCCAAAUUCAUUUUCCUAUGAUUAUUUGAUUCACGGGUUAUGCGCGCAAGCGCGAACGGAUAAUGCGAGGGAGUUGUGCAAUGAAAUGAAGGAAAAGGGGUUUGUGCCAAGUAGUAUAUCAUAUAAUUCAAUUGUUAAUGCUAUGGCUCUCAAUGGAGAGGUUGAAGAAGCAGUGAAUUAUUUGUGGGAGAUGAUUGGUAAUAGAAGGUCUCCUGAUUUUAUUACAUAUAAGACGGUAUUGGAUGAACUGUGCAGGCGAGGGAGGGUUGGAGAAGCCACGAGUUUGUUGAGGGAAGUGCAGGAGAAGGAACUUGUGGAUGGUCAUACUUAUAGGAAACUUCUCUAUGUGCUUGAAGAUGACUAUGGAAAUGUACAUGGUGGAUGGCCAUGAUCUGGAAUCAUGGAUCGUGUGGUUUUUUUGAAGGUAGGAUGGACUCGUGACGUUUGAUAUCAGAGCCACGCUUUGUGUUUUAGUCGGAUCAAGCAGAUAGAAAAGCGGCCUGUCUUGAUUUCUCCCAGUGGUUGUUGUGUAUCAAUGGAAGGUUUACCGAUGCCAUUUGCUGAAAAGUUAGAAACCUAUGAUUUAUUCAGAUGCUUUACUUAAUUUAGUUAUAGAUCAAGAAGAUUCUUCUGGAGAAUCAUCAAUCAGUUGUGGCUACUCGGCUUAGAGCUGGUGCAUAUCUUUUGAAGCUUCAAGAGUUACAGCUGGUGCAUAUCUUUUGUGGCUACACGGCUUAAAAACGCUACAAAUAUUAGUCAAUCAGCGAGGUAAAAAGUCUAGCAGCUUUGCUCCUUCACCUAUUGGUAAAGUAACUUCGCUCCUCUCCUUUACAGUCUCACAAUUCCAUUGUCUGAACCUAUCGGUAGAGCAGCUUUGCUCCUUAGACGACACUUAUUUACCAAGAAAAAGAGAAAGAGAGAAGCUAUUUCAUUGUUUGAACUUAUCGGUAAAGCAGCUUUGCUCCUUAGCUGACACCUAUUUACCGAGAAAAAGAGAAAGAGAUAAGCUAUUCCAUUGUCUGAACUUAUUAGUAAAGCAGCUUUGGUUCUUAGCCGACUCCUAAAAAGAGUAAGAGAUAAGCUAUUCCAUUGUCUGAACCUAUUGGUAAAGCAGCUUUGCUUCUUAGCCGACUCCUAAAAAGAGUAAGAGAUAAGCUAUUCCAUUGUCUGAACCUAUUGGUAAAGCAGCUUUGCUUCUUAGCCAAUACCUAUUUACUGAGAAAAAGAGUAAGAGAUAAAGCUUAUUGAGACUUCUUUAAUAGCUUAUAAAUGCUUUUCUUCUCAACAACGUAAAAACUUUUGAACAGUACUUGAAGCAGUGAAGCACUUCGACUUAGUUCAUGAAUCCAACUGUAUACUGCUGGUACAGUCUCACAUCCCUUCAUUUCUUUUCAUAUAAUAGGUGUAUUCUCAUGCGAAGCAGCCGUCUUUGUGGGACUUGAAUUAUAUGAUAUCUUCUCCAAAAGAAGAUCGUGAUCCCUUUAUGGCUUUUCCCCCAUCAAGUUCAAGAAUCAAGAAUCCUAUCAAGAGCGAGAAAUAGAGCACGAGCGAGAGCAAUAGAGCAUGAGCGAGAUUGAGAAUGUGAGCGAGAGCAAUAGAGCAUGAGCGAGAUUGAGAAUGUGAGCGAGAUGACAAUGCACAAGAGAGACUGACAAAGCAUGGAUUGACGAAGACGUCUAUUAUACUUUCACAUGUUGCUGGGGAUGAGCAAAACAAUAUAACAGCUUUAUGUUAAAAAACUGGAUAUAUUUUGGUUUUUAUUCAUUGGGUUUUCAAUUUACAAUCAAGGAUAAGGAUAAAAAUAUUAAACAGUUUAGAACAGUUUUUUAUAAUAAGAUUUUUGUAUUCUUGAAA